GCGUUGCUUCUCUGCCGUUGGGUGAGGCGCGGAGGGAAGUGGAAGGCGGCCCAGGUAGGGCCAGGCGCACACGGCCAGAAAGAUGGAUACGACGAUGCUGAAUUUGCGGAAUCUGUUUGAGCAGCUUGCACGCCGGGUGGAGAUUCUCAGUGAAGGAAAUGAACUCCAAUUCAUCCAGUUGGCAAAGGACUUUGAGGAUUUCCGUAAAAAGUGGCAGAGAACAGACCACGAACUGGGGAAGUACAAGGAUCUUUUGAUGAAAGCAGAGACUGAGCGUAGUGCGCUGGAUGUUAAGCUGAAGCAUGCACGCAAUCAGGUGGAUGUGGAGAUCAAACGGAGACAGCGAGCUGAGGCUGACUGUGAGAAGCUGGAAAGACAGAUUCAGCUGAUUCGAGAGAUGCUCAUGUGUGACACAUCUGGCAGCAUUCAACUAAGCGAGGAGCAAAAAUCAGCUCUGGCUUUUCUCAACAGAGGCCAACCAUCCAGCGGCAGUGCUGGGAACAAAAGAUUGUCAACUAUUGACGAAUCUGGUUCCAUUUUAUCGGAUAUCAGCUUUGACAAGACUGAUGAAUCGCUGGAUUGGGAUUCUUCCUUGGCAAAGACUUUCAAACUGAAGAAGAGAGAAAAGAGGCGUUCUAGUAGCCGACAGUUCAUUGAUGGUCCCCCCGGACCUGUAAAGAAGACUCGUUCCAUUGGCUCCACGGUAGACCAGGGGAAUGAAUCCAUAGUUGCAAAAACUACAGUGACUGUUCCCAAUGAUGGUGGGCCCAUCGAAGCUGUGUCCACGAUUGAGACUGUGCCGUAUUGGACGAGAAGCCGAAGGAAAACAGGUACCCUACAACCUUGGAACAGCGACUCUACCUUGAGCAGCAGGCAGCUGGAGCCAAGAUCGGAGGCAGACAGUGGCGGCACUCCCCAGAAUAAUGGAGGGAUGCGCCUGCAUGACUUUGUCUCUAAGACGGUUAUUAAACCUGAAUCUUGUGUUCCAUGUGGAAAGAGGAUAAAGUUUGGCAAGCUGUCUCUGAAGUGUCGAGACUGUCGUGUGGUUUCUCAUCCAGAAUGCCGGGACCGCUGUCCCCUUCCCUGCAUUCCUACUCUGAUAGGAACACCUGUCAAGAUUGGAGAGGGAAUGCUGGCAGAUUAUGUGUCCCAGACUUCUCCAAUGAUCCCCUCCAUUGUUGUCCAUUGUGUAAAUGAGAUUGAGCAGAGAGGGCUGACUGAGACAGGCCUGUAUCGGAUCUCUGGCUGUGACCGGACAGUAAAGGAGCUGAAAGAGAAAUUCCUCAGAGUGAAAACUGUACCUCUUCUCAGCAAAGUGGAUGAUAUCCACGCUAUCUGUAGCCUCCUGAAGGACUUCCUUCGAAAUCUCAAAGAACCCCUUCUGACCUUUCGGCUGAACAAGACUUUCAUGGAAGCAGCAGAAAUCCCAGAUGAGGACAACAGCAAGGCUGCCAUGUACCAGGCUAUUGCUGACCUGCCCCAGGCCAACAGAGACACAUUAGCUUUUCUCAUGAUUCACUUGCAGAGAGUGGCUCAGAGCCCAAAUACUAAAAUGGAUGUUGCCAAUCUGGCUAAAGUCUUUGGGCCUACCAUAGUUGCCCAUGCUGUGCCCAAUCCAGAUCCAGUGGUAAUGUUGCAGGACAUCAAACGUCAGCCCAAGGUGGUAGAGUGCCUGCUAUCACUGCCUCUGGAAUACUGGAGUCGGUUCAUGAUGGUGGAACAAGAGAACGUUGACCCCAUGCAUGUCAUUGAAAAUUCAAAUGCCUUUUCAACACCACAGACCCCAGAUAUUAAAGUGAGUUUGCUGGGGCCCGUGACCACUCCUGAGCAUCAGCUUCUCAAGACUCCUUCAUCUAGUUCCCUGUCGCAGAGAGUCCGCUCCACCCUCACCAAGAACACGCCCAGAUUUGGGAGCAAAAGCAAAUCUGCCACCAACCUAGGACGACAAGGCAACUUUUUUGCUUCUCCAAUGCUCAAGUGAAGUCGUGUCUACUGUUACUUGCCAGCAUUUACUGACUGCAGGAAGGGUGCACCUGUACGCUCUGCUCUGUAGCCUCCUGUACUCAUUACUACUUUUAGCAUUCUCCAGGCUUUUAAUCAAGUGUAAUUGUGCAUGGGGGUUUUAUUAAAACUAUAUAUAUCUCCCUCUUUCUCCUCAAGUAAUGUAAUAUCAACACCUUGUGCAGUCGUUGUUGGGAACUUGUAGAUGGGAGAUCUUUACAGUGGUAGAAAGGAUAAUGUGGGAUGCGUUGUGAUUCUAGGGGGAAGCUGGGGGAAGGUGCAUCCCUUUGGCUUAAAGCCAAAUGCUGCUCAUGGAAUGAUCUUUCUCUGAUGUUAUUUAGAACUAGUUUCCCUGAGAUGGUGACAAAAGCCCCACCUCUUUGGUGAGACUGACUUGUCUCAGGGUGGGAGGUGGGAGGGCAGUGUAAAAAAAGGUUGGACAGAAGAUUUAGGAUUUAGGAUGGUUCCUUCUGAGAACUUGGAAGGUCCCUUCCCCCAGUGUGAACUAAGCGAUAAUAUGGAGUCAUCAUAGAAAUGGGACAGGAUGAGGACAGAACUAGUGACGGGGGUGAGCUCAGCCGUGAUUCAGGUUGAUUAGGUUCAAUAGUGUUAAGUGGCACGACCUUGUAAAAGUGAUAUUCCUGCUUGUAUUUAUCUCUAAUGGACUUUUGGUUUGGUUGGGGUCAAAGCCAGUUUGCACUUCAGUUGAAUUCAUUCUGAUGCUUGACCCUCCUGUCUCUUUGUCCAUUGGAGCCCUACUUCUGAAGGUCAUAUGCCAUCUAUCUGGUGUCCCAGUUUGCAAUUAAGAGUAGGCUAUAAGGGAGAUUGUCAAUAUUUUAUGUGGCAAGAAAAGCCACACUCAUUUUGUCUUUGCACUUUGGUUGCCAGAAUCUUCCUAUGGAACAUAGCCACAGCUAGAUAAAUAGGAACUUUUUCUUUUAUUAAAAUUAUUUCCAAUAUCUAUAAAUGUGCUUUUUUCUGUAGGAUGUUUUUGACCCAUAGUGACUCCUGUCUGUAAAACACAUAUUUGGAAUAUUUGGAGAAAAAGUAAAUAGUUUUUUCAAAACGACUGUGAGGUUGAUUUUCUUGUCUUGGAAAGUAACUGUCAACACCUUUUUAAGAAAAUAUUUUUCCUCA